UGCAUUGUGAUGGAUCCAGAUCUAAAUUUGAUGAGUCAAACUUCAGUGUGCCUCAGUUAUUUUAUGGUUUGUUUUGAAGUCCAUUGAAUUUUGGAAAUUUUCCAACUUUUUAGAGUCAUAAGAGAAUAUCUAAAGAUAUGUUAUUUAAAACUUUAUUGGAGUUAUUCCUUCUUCCAGUGUCACUGUGUUACUGUGGGGAGUGUUGUGCUUGCUCUUUAAAGGGGAAGUGGAAUGAGGGGCUCUAUUAAUUUUGUUUCAUAUAUAGGUGUAAUGAAUCUUACAGGAUGUACACCCUGUUGUCCAUUAUUAAAUGCUCAGUUUAGAGUUGCAGUUAUUUAAAAUUGGCUUUGAAUGACAUCCUUAACACCCUUAUGGCAGCCCGCUCUCUGGUGAGGUAGGAAGGCUCGUGCAUACAUCUGGGCAUUUUGGAGUCCUCUGGCAGGAGUAAAUGUCAUGGUGUUAAUAAGAAAACCUAAUAAGAAAACCUAGCGCAGAGCUAGACCAAGGUAUGGGUGAUCACUUGUAGCUUUGUAAAAUUCGCUAAUACCUGAUACUUUCCCCCCACCUUACACAGGUGCAGUAGAUUCCUGAAAAACCAUUUUUAUGGUGAAUUACCACUGCUGAAAGAUGUAUUUAUCAUUACAUUUAAUUUAAAAAUUUAAGACACCCGUUUAAGAUGAAACGUCACCAAAUCCCAAAAACAUUUUAAAGUUUGCAAUUAUUUCUUACUUUUGUCCAUGUAGUCAUAUGAUGCAAAACAUAACAAUUAUGUAUUUUUUUGGUCUUCAUUUGCAAUUAAUACUUAUGCUCAUAAACGAUGCACAUGUACGAGCUGCUCCAGCUCACCCGAGGGCGGAGCUGUCCAUAGUCUUUUAAAUGAAACGGAGAAACAGUCCAUGGUCCCACUCUGUUAUUGUUCUAAAAAUUCUGCUUUUGCCCUCCACCCUUCAAAGCUGUGCAUGAUGUUGACAUUUACAUUUAUUCAUUAUUUUCUGCAACUUGACCUACAACUUCAUAAACAGAAGUGCAUUUCACCUACAGAGGGACAGAUACAGCUGCAGACACACAAUUCUCUAAGCAGUCAUUUGGUGAAAUGCCAGAAUUUUUGCUGCCACACCUCACACAAGUAGCUGCAUUUAGAACUGAUAAUGGGAUUCUCACCCACUCUGGGUCACAUUUGACUAAUGAACCAACUCUCAGUUUGUAAACUGGAGCCAAACUUUAUGCCAUAGUGUUUUCACUUAGCUGUCAAUGUUCCAUUUUAUGUUAAACUUGUUCUAUCAUAGCCAUUGCACAGGGCAAGAGUAGCAGCUAUUCUAAAAGUCCAGAAAAGUCAGUACCAGAAAAAAUUUGUACUCCAUGUUUAAGCACAUAGUCAAAGGAUGUUAACCAGUGAGAGGUUUCACUACUGUUCAGUAAUAAUUUCAACUAUGACACUGAUUUGAUGCCUCUGACUGAGCAAGAUUUUUGUAAUUCAGCUAAGGAAUUCAGUCAUGGUUUUCACAGAGGGUUUGGUAUGAGUAUGCGCAUUCGGACAAGGAAGCAGGAUUAUCGGCUUUAGCUCAGGGCUUACUAUAUUUGUCUCGGGAGCCUUUUAGUGCUUCCUGAUCAUUGUACAAGCUGCAGCUUCUGAGAAGGCAUGGUUUGUACUCUCCCUUCGGAGCACUUCGUGUGGAUACAGGUACAGCUGAUCUGAGACCAUGAGAGACCGAUGUCGCAUUUGCCGAAGCCAGCUCCGUGGCAGUCAGUGUCGCUGGAUUUUUAGCUCUUCUGGGAAAAGGAACCUACAAGUUGUCCUGUCCUACAUUCUGGGCUCAGAGCUGACACGUGAUGGUCACAGCGAAUUUCUCUGCAGCAAGUGUGUCUACAUGCUGGAGAGAGUGGUCCAGUGUGAUGUGAUCAUUGGACAGCUGCAAGAUGCCCACAGCUUUGAGGUGCAGAAGCUUCAAGUUGAAAAGGAGAACCUGGUGCAGUGCAUCUCUCACAUCUAUUGGCGGCAUAAUGCCAGACCAGAGAAGAGCAAGGAUGCCAGUGCACUAUCGAAGCACUCAUCCAUGGAACCCAUGGAUAGCCUUGCUUAUAGAGGGCCAGUUACAGAGGAUCAUUUUCUGCAUGGAGGAAAUUACAGUGACAUGUUGGGUGAGAUGAAAAGAUGCAUGAACUGUGACUCCUUGGGAGGCACAGACGUUCACUUGGCUGCGGGAUUCCCCUUCAGGAAAUUAGCUACCAGAAGGACCUCAAGGAGCCAAGCCUUAAAGAAGCCACGCUCCCACUCACAGAGCAUGUACCUGGAGCUCAUCCACAGUAAAAGCAGUGUGUCGGGGAUUUUUCAGGACCGCUCAUUCUCCCUUCCGUCUUUAAUCUUGGACUGCCAAGAGCCCUCUGGAUCCAUCUCUGGAUGUUUUUUGCCUGCUACCAUUCCUUUACAGAAGAACAGAGUGGAUGGAGCUCAAUCUGCCAUCCAAAAACCCAUGUGCAAAUCUAGAAGAUGGCAUGGUCAGAGAAAUUCACCCACUCAAGUUUCCAUUGUUUCUGAAUUGCUUAGCCUACUCCAAAGCAUUCAGAGACACCCUGUCAUAGUACAACCAAAGAGUAAGAUCCCUGUUCUUCUGAAGUAUUCUUGGUGCCUGGCACCAGACAGCCAUUAUAGUCAGAGUAAGGCACAAAUGGCAAGAAAGAAAUGGGCUGCAGAGUGGAAAUCAUUAGAAGAUCUUACAGAUGAUUUUGAUGACGAAUACAUGCCACUUAAAGCUGAGAGCCUUAUCAACAAACAGAAUGAGGCAACUGCAUUGGAAGCUGCAGCUAAGCAGCUAACAGAAGAAUUAAACAGCACCAAGGCUUUGAUCCAAAAUCUAAAGAAGACUCUAGAGGAUGAAGAAAAUGAAAACAAGAUUCUCUGUAUGAAACUAGAGGAGAAAGAGAAUGAACUGUCCUCAGAGAAAAAGAAUGCUCUGAAAAGAGACAAAACAAUCCAAGGCUUGACUCUGGUCCUGAAGGAAAAAGACAAGGAGAUAGAGGAGCUCUGUCAUGAGAUUGAAGACAGAGAUGAGGCCUUGGCAAAAGCCCGGGAAGCUGCACAUAAGGCACAGAUCCAAAAAUAUCAGGGUGCGGAGGAACACCAGAGUCUACUGAUGGAGAAGCAGGGGGAGCUGGAGAACUUGCAGCUGGAGCACCACGGAAAGGUGCUUGAAGCACAGAAGCUUCAGCGUGCUCUGCAGCAUCGGGAGAAGGAGCUAGGAAGCCUGCAGCAGGCCAAGGAGCAGCUAGAACAAGAGUUGGAGGACCUGCAGCAACUGAAGAAGAAGGGAGACAAGGCUAUCAAUGAUCUUCAGAACAAGUUGAAGAAGUUGAAUGGGGAGAUGGGAGAAAGGGAAAAUGCCCUUGAGCAACAGUACCAGGCCCUCCUGGAUGAGAGCAAAAGAAAACUCCAAGCUCAUGAACUCACCAUUCAGCGCCUCAGCAGCAACCUUAGUGAGAAGGAGCAUCAGCUACAGGAGUACAUGAAACUGAUCAAAGACCAGGAACAAAGAAAAAGCCCUGGAGGCAGCGACAUCCUGUUAGCAAAGCUGCGAGAGCGCUUAAAGGAAAAAGAGGCAGCCUUAGAGCAAGCCAUAGAUGAGAAAUUUGCUGCCAUUGAAGAAAAAGACAGCGAGAUCUGCCAACUACAACUGUCAUUGCGAGAGAAGGAAAGGGAUCUGGAAAGACUGAAUAAGCUUCUCUUACACAAUGAGGAGACCAUUAAUAGUUUUGAUGCGUUGAUUAAAGAGAAGGAUGUGGAGCUCCAGCACCUAGCCAACAGCUUAAAAAAUCUCCAAAGGCUAAAGAAUGAGUUGGAAGACAACCUUUCUCGUACCCUUCGGGAGAAAGAUACAAUUAUCUCACAACUGCAGCUGACUGUUGAUGAGAAGUCUAAGGACUUGGAGGAAAUGGCCAGAAGCCUCCUCAGCCAGACACAGAGCAAUGCCCGGGACCUGGCCGAACACCUGAGCCAGCAGCUGAAGGUGGCAGAAGCCAAGCUUGCUGAAGCCAUGAAGGACAAGGAGAGACUUGUCUCUGACAAUGAGAAUGCUGUGGAGGGACUCAUAGCUACUAUCAAUAGCAAAGACCAGCUCCUAAAAGAGACUGCUGAACAUUAUAACCGCACAAUAGCUGAAAGAACCCAGGAAAUACAGGAUCUGAAAAGGCAGCUUACUGAGAAUCGGCAUCUUUUGGCCACUGCUGAGAAACAAAGUGCAAUGACUGCACAGGAGAAAUGUAUUGAGAGUGCAGAGCUCAGGGUUAUGUUGACAGAGAAGGACACAAUAAUAAAUAAACUGUUGGAGAAUAAAGAGGAGAGAGAGAAGUUCCUGGAAGAACUGAAGAUAAUGGAAACACCAGUGCCUCAGGUGGUGGAGCUCAAACACACCAUUCAGGUUUUGCAGGAGUGCCUUGAAGAGAAGGAGGCUGAGCUCUCGAGGAAGAAUAACAGUGACAGCAUAGACAAGAACUCGGUCACAAAAACUGCUGUAAUUCUGAAGAAAGAGCUGGCACAGAAGACUGAUGCACUGAACAAAGCUUUAAAGGCAGAGAACAACUUGAAGAUUGAAUUGGCUGAGCUCCGGUCCUUGCUAGCAGAUGUGGAAACCCAGAAUGUGGCCCAGGCCAGCAGCAUUGAAUCUCUGACUGCCACACUCAAAACAAAGGAUGAGAUCAUUUGGGUCCUCCAUGAACGUCUGAGUAAACUUGGGGACAGUAAGGUAUAUGACUUCUAUGAUCAAACUGCUGAGCCCAAGGAAGAGAGACCCCUACCAAGUCUUCCUCAAAGAGAGAGGACUAUCAUUGGUGGGAACAGUCAGCAAGAGGUUCUGCCUGCUUUGUCUGCUCUGCUCUCAGAACAUGAACGUUUGAACCAAUCGCUAAAGGCCGAACAGCAGCUUUAUUCUGAUUUGGUGAGGAUUGUCAAAGAGCAGGACAGUCUCAGUCCCCAGUGCCUGCAUGCCCUCGAGAUGGAACUUACUGCUGUACAGCUGCUACGUCAGCAGCUAGAGGACGGCAUCCAAAGCAAUGAGAAUCUGCGGCAAGACCUGGAAAGGGAGAUCCAAAAUGCCAAACAGAGAGAAGGAAGCGAGUCUCAGUUACCAUUGGUGGACCCUAGAGAGAUGGAGAGUAUGCGACACCAGCUGGAGGAUGCUCAGCGAUGGAAUGCCUCCUUGCAGGCCCGUCUUGGGGCCAUUCAGAACCGAGGAGGAGGGGUUGGUGGCACCAAUGAUACAGCAGACACAUUCAGUUUUGUGGCUGAUCAAACCUCCUACAUGAGUAUCUGUGUGGAAGACAGACUGAAUGAUGAUUUGAGUCACCUUUCUAUGGCAGAACUCCAGCAAAUGGUCCUUGAGCUUCGAGAUUACAUUAAACAACUGCAAGCACUAAAUCAGGAGAAGAAAGAGAACUCUUCUGUUGUAGAAUUUUCUGACAUGGGGCUUAUGGGAAAAGAAGACAGUAAUGUUCCAAGGUCUGCAUUAGAAAAGCAUCUUGAGAUGACCCAGAAGGAACCUGUGCACAUUAAUAAGGCCCUUCACUGUCUUGUUGAUAAAGAGCACCUACCAGCGCCCCGGGUACAGUUGGAUGAUGAGCAAAUUCAGGCUUCUACCAAUGAGAGAUCUGAUGAAGCAGCCUCAGGUGUGAAUGUGAACAGCAUCACAUGUCAGCCCCAGAGAGAUGGAAGCCUUAUGAACCAGACCAGAAAACACAAAGAUAAAAGAAAUCAGGAGGACAAGGAAAUGGAGCUACUUCUGGCACUGUUGAAGGAGACAGGAGUAGCAUCUGUCAGUCAGCUCAGGGAAGAAAUUAUGAGGCUUCAAGCUGAGAAUAUUAGUUUAGAGGGACUCCUGAAGGAAGAUAAAUCUGUUGAGUCAAAGGAAAGUGCAGACAGUUCAGGAGAAAGCAUUGGAAGCAAAGACCUCCAGAGAGUGGUGGAGAAACUGAGGUCUGAGGCAAAGUCAAACCGUAAGAUUAUCAAACUGCUCAAGGAGCAGCUAAAGCUGAACUCUUCCACUGAGGACAAAUCCAGUUUCAACCCAGAACUCAUUGUGAACAUGGCAAGAGAAAUUGAGUGGCUUAAGGCAGAACAGGAAUCCUCUAGGAGACGAGAAGAAAACUUGAAAAGAAUGCUGGAAGGGAAAGAGACUGAGACACCACAACAUGAUACAUUUGAGCCAUUGCAAAAAUCUACUACCUCAAAGGAGACUCCUUGGAACCAAAAUAAAAUACCAAAACGAGCAACUGUAAAAUCCCGGCUCCCUAUUCCCAUAAAGCAUGACAAGAUGGCCAUUGGUAAUAGAGCAGUUGUUAGCCAAGCUUCUGACAAGGAUUUGCAUCCCCUGACAGAAGAGCUUUUACAUAUGGAGAAAAAACAUUGUUCUGAACAAAUGCAUACAGCUAUUUGGAAUGGAGAAGAAUUGUUAAGCACAGCUGGUAGAAAGACCUCACUAGCUGAUACUGUUAUAGACAGGCAUAGCACAGACAUUGAACUCUUAAAACAGCUUGAGUUACUUCACAAUGAGUGUCAGGUGAAGGAGCAGGUUAUUGCUGAGCUGGAGGAACAGGCUUCAAAGUCUGAGGAGCUAGAAGUGAAGCUGAAAGAAAAAGAACACCUCAACAGACAAUUUGUGGAAGCCUUACAAGCUGCAGAAUCCACCAUACAGUAUCUUACAGCUUGUAACUUGGACAGAGAUGACCAAGCCCAUGACUCAGAUGUCCACAGGCAGUGCUGUGAAUUUCGCAGGGCUCUUCAGGAAAAGGAGGAACUCAACAAACAGCUUGUAGACUGCCUUCAUGUUGCAGAGUCAGCCAUAGCCUCUCUGAGUGCUUUUACCUCUGACAGUGCUGCUGAAGACAUUCUAACUACCUGCACCGCACCCCAGGAGCUGCUGCAAAAGCUGGAAAAUGCUCUUCAGAGAAUCAGUGCAUCUGUUGAUGAAUCAUCAGGAUACAAAGAGAAGGCAGAGACUUUGGAUUCUCAGGACUCCAACAACGAUCUCCACCGGCAGAUUGACCAGCUACAGGAAGCUCUGUGGGAACAGAAUCGACAAAAUGCUGAACUACAGGAAAGACUUUAUGCUGCUGAGCUGAUGGUCACUCAACAGAAUAAUACCAGUGGGGUUGCUGAUGAGGACAAAGUAAAGAAGGUCCAAAAAAAUGAAGAGUUGAAGAAGGAGUUGAUCAGGGAAGAGGCCAACAAAAUAUAUGGGUGUGGCAUGCAAAAUCAACCAAAGACUGAUAAGUUCCGCAAGGACCAUGAACUACAAGAUCAGUUAAUUCAACAGCUUGCAGAAUGCUUUUAUGCUACAGAGUCUGCUAUAGCAUCCCUUACCGAUUGCUGCUCUCAAAAUUACUCCACUGAAAGGCCAAUGAGCACCACAGCACUUCAAGAGCAGUUGCAAAAGCUUCAGAAAGCUUUACAAGAGAAUGGUCAGUGGCAUAAACUGUACUUAAAUUCCUAUCAUCAGAAUGCCAAAGCAACUGGUGUUAAUGACCAGUACAUGGAUUUGUACCACAACAUAAGUAAUCUUCUGAGAACUUUCACAGAAAAUGGUAGAGUCAUCUCAGAACUUCAAAAAGCCCUGGAAGAACAGAAGAACAAGAAUAAAGAGUAUGAAAACCUCUUGAAAACUGCCAUGACAAAUCCUAUAAUGCCAGAUGUUCCAGGAGAACUGGAAAGCCUGCAGAAGGCAUUGCGAGAACAAAAAUGCAUAUGCCAAGCCCUUCAGGAGGAGUUGGCUGUAGCUCAGUCAGUCAUUGCUAAGAGAAUUCCCAUCCAAAAUUCCCAUGUGUCUCACAAAGCGACAUCUGUGGAGCAAGAUCACAAAGAGGUACAGGUGGAUUUACAGGACCUCGGUUAUGAAACAAGCGGAAAGAGUGAGAACGAACUGGAUAGGGAGGAGAGCAGUAGUACAGACAAUGACAGAGACUUACAGCUUACCAGUGAAUCAACAAUCCCGUCGCUGCUGAGGCAAAUCCCAGGCAACUAUUCCUCCAUGGAAAACCUUGAGACAAACUCUAGCCCUUCAUACCCGAGCUCGCCUACCAUCAGCUCCCCCAAGGUUAGCCUGAAGAGCUUGCAGGCCUUUGAAGAUUAUGGCCUCAGUGAUAAUCCAGAGGAACUGAGGCAGCAGGUAUUGGAGCUAAAGGGGCAGCUUGAAAGUCACCAAAGAGUCAUUCAAUACUUGCAAACUCUUCAGCACCAAAUCUCCCAGUCAAGCGACCUGCUCACCAUGGUGUCUGACUCCGGCACAUCUGCCUUGGAAAAACACAGUCCUGAAAUAACCAAGGAGACAAGACAGAAGAACGAUCCCAAACCAGGGCUUUUCUCCGAUGUUGGUUCAGGUUAUCUUCCCUUGAACCGAGACGAGGAGGAGAAGAAGUUGAUGAAAGACCAUAUCACCAACCUCAGUAGUGAACUGGAGAAAGAGAGGAACUUAAACAGGAACCUGGCUGAACAGCUGCAGAAUAUCCAGUUUCGUAGCAGAUCUGCUUCUCCAGCCAGAAUUGACUCACUUGUGCAGUCCCAGGCCAGGGAGCUCUCUCAGCUUCGGCAGCAGAUCAAGGAGAGCCGGAGACUUGGCUCACUCCAGCGCUGGCAGCUGGAGAGCCUCAACAAGGCUUUCGAAGAGCUGCUGCAGGCCAGUGAUGUUGAUUACAAUGUGGGAGAGGUCUUCCGCAAACAGCUGGACAAGAGCCUGACUAUGUUGGAGCAACUGGAGGACCGGUUGGAGAGUGGAGAUAAGCAUUUGAGUAAUGAAGAUAAUUCUGUGCUGGAUCUGGCUGAGAGUGUGUUAAAGGAGAAAUCUCAACUGGUGCCAGACCUUCGGAGGCAGCUCCAAAACCAGUCUCUCAGCAGCAACUACAGCUCCGCAUCAGACCUGUCUGACAAGAUCUUCCAAUGUGACAGGUUCUCCCCCAGCUGCAAACCCACCUUAGGUCAAAAGAAACACCCCAGCCACAUCACACAAGCAGUGGCAAACACUUCAGCUACUUCAGGGACUGGAUCCCAUCAUCUGGGCACUGCUUCUGCACCACAGCAGCACGACACAGCAGUUUGUGGUGUUCAGCACGUGGAUCCUUCUGAGGCCACCGGUAUUAACAGUGAUGGAAAAGAUAAGUUGCUGCACACCCUGCAGAGGAGGAAUAGCUGGUUGCAGGAACAGCUGUGGGCCAGUGAACAGCUGAAUGUCACUCUACGCGAGGAAUUGGACCUCCACCGCUCCGUUCAGAUUGAGAGGGAGGAUUCCCUGUCUGACUAUGCACAUGAUAUAACAGACAAAGGCACCCAACAAGAGGGUACCAAAGAGUCCUCUGCAGCCAUAAACCCAGAACUCCUGGCAGAACAUCUUCAGGAGAUCCGCAGCCUGAGGCAACGCUUGGAGGAUACAAUUCACACCAACAACCAGCUUCGUGAACAGCUCGAACGCAAGCUUGCCGAGUUAGAAAAGGACCCUGCAGCUACAAAUAUCUUCAUCCAUGGGAACAAAGAGCAGGGCCAACUAGCCAGUGAGGUUCGGCUCUUGUGGGGCCAGAACCAGGCCCUAAAGGACCAGCUGAACCUCGCCUCCAGAGACAAGCAAAAAGAAAAUGAGAAGCUGAAACAGUCACUGGCAAGGAAGACAGCCAAACUAGAAUACCUGAGAAAUGAGUUUGAGACUCUGAAGAAGGAGAACAGCCUACUGCAGAGUCAAUUCUCCAGUACUGUUGAAGAAAAUAAAGAGCUCCAGCAGACUAUACACUAUAGCCAAGAUGAGAUCAACAGACUGCGGGGUGAAAUAAAUGUACAGAGACAGCAGCUCGCAGACAGCCAGCAACUCCUCCAGUCAUUGCGUGUGGAGCUGCAGGUUUAUGAGCAGAUGAAGACCACAUCAGACAAGCAGAAUGAUCCCUCCCAGGGAACACCAGCUCCUGCUUCUGGGACUCUGGAUCUGAGUGAGCUCUUGUCUGAGAUUCGGCAUCUUAGGCUUCAACUAGAGAGAAGCAUCCACACGAACAAUGCCUUGCGACAGAAACUGGAGGAGCAGCUGCUGAGAGGCUCAGACAAGGCGGAGGGCCCUCCAUCCACCAUCAACAUCAACUACCUCCUGUCUGCAGAGUCCAGGUUCUCUGCCCAUGGCCACGGUGCAGAUGAAAGUACGAAAGACCAUGCACAUGAUGGCAAUGACCCGUUCCAUCUUUCCCAAGUAUCUUCACCUGACAGGCAUUUAUCCAGUGUCCAUCAUGAGAUGAGGGAACAUGUAAGGAGGGAGCUGGACUCCCAGUCCCAGUACAGUGGAAGCUCUGCCGACAGUGUGUCUCCAAAACCUUCCCGUCUUGUCCCUGGCCAUCGCCUCUGGGCCAACAAGAGCGGUAGGCAUGUCCUCGGUCUUAUCGAGGACCACAAUGCUUUGCGGAAGCAGAUCUCAGAGGGGAGAAAGUUAACCAGCGGAAUGGACAGACAGCUACAGGAAUGCUUCCAUGCUUUGUCCCAGCACGACCCUGAGUCCAGGGUGCUGGAUGAGCAGCUCCUCAAAGAUUUCUCCACAAACGUCAACACCAUGCAGCAGGUACUGGACGAGGCUGCUCGCCUUCUCAAGCUGGUGUGGCGAGUUUCACUGCCGACCCACAUCUCUGCUGACAUCAGUCAAAGCCAUAAGGAAGAACUUUUGAAAAAUGAGAUUGCAAGACUUAAGUGCAAGUUGUCUCAACAAGAGAAGAUGCUCUUAGGGGCAGUGAAACGGCUCCGGACCACAAACCAGCUGAAGGAAGGCAUGGAGAAGGUCAUCAUUGACCAGUUGACAUUAACUCAUGACGUGCUCAAGAGAGCAAGAGGCAAUUUAGAGGCAAAAUAUUUUACACCUUUUGGCCUUUAAGACUUGCCAGGAUCAGCUGAAGGAAGUCCCAGCCAAUGGGUAGUGUGCACUAAGGGUGAGUGAGCUGCCCACAGUUGUGUCCAUCCACAUUUUACAAGAUGCUCAGAUUUCACGGAGGACCUGCACCACCCUGCCUCCUCCAGUUCAUGUGUUUAUUAUUUUUGAGGUACAGAUAAAGUGCUUUGGAAAUUGCAGUACUUGCACAUUUACCAAUGAUCUGUUUAUUUUAA